GUACGUAUAUCUCCUUUCUGAAUCCUUGAUGAUUUCAAUCUCGAAAGUCGUCACUGUCUGCUUGUAUUAUACCUCAACAUUUGCGAGGGAUGGCGGGACAAAGUAUGUUGGGGGUAGAGCUCAAGGUAGCUUCCGAUUUCCGUGGGAAUUUCCUCCGAUCUAUAGUUACUACACACACACACCCGCUUUACAUUUCUCCACGUUUCCCUCGGCUGUUGUGUGUUUUUAUGUAACUAAGCUCCCCGUCACUGCUCUUCAUCUCUUCUCCUUUCUACUCUUCAUACUGCUAGGCCCAUUGUCCUAAUACAAGCAAGCUACAGGUCUUACAACUGACGCAUCUCUCUAGACAUCAUCACACAACAGCAACCUAUUGAAGAAUUAAAGACCAAA